UCUCUCUCCACAGUGUGCGCAUGUACCGCUACUCUAAACACUACAUCCACUCCAAGAUGGCGUUAACACGGCUGUCCUGCGUUCUGGCUCUGCUCUCUCUGCACUGCUAUGUCAGCAUCUUGGCAGUGACAUUGAGAACCACAAACAGCGCACCCUGGGCCAACGAGUUUGAGUCGAUCGAGCUGUCCUGCCUGAUAGAGUCCAUCUCCACAACCCGCCCCAGAAUAGAAUGGAAGAAGAUAAAGAACGGAGAACCGAGUUACGUCUAUUUCGGGAAUGAAAUAGCAGGUGAUUUGGUGAAAAGAGCGCAUAUUCGAGAGCCUGCAACGUUAGUUAUUUUUAACGCAACGAGAGCAGACACCGCACAUUAUCGCUGUGAAGUCACCGCCCCCGACGACCAGAAAACCUUUGAUGAGGUUCUGAUCAAUCUCAACAUAAGAGUAAAACCAGUGAUUCCAACAUGCGCCGUGCCCAAGUCCGUCCCAGUGGGGAAAUCGGCCGAGUUGUCCUGUGUGGAGCACGAGGGAUUCCCCAAAUCCCAGUACCAGUGGUUCCGCAACAAGGAGGAGAUCCCACUGGACCCUAAGAGCAGCCCCAAGUUCUUCAACUCGUCCUACGUGCUGAACGGGGAUACGGGAACGCUGAAAUUCAGCGCCGUGAGGAAAGAGGAUGCUGGGCAGUACUACUGCAGAGCGAAAAACGAGGCCGGAGUCUCUGAGUGUAACCCGCAGAUGAUGGAAGUCUACGACAUUAACAUUGCUGGCAUCAUUCUGGGCGUGCUGGUGGUAGUGGUGGUUCUCUUGUGUAUAACAGUGGGCAUCUGCUGCGCAUACAGAAGAGGAUAUUUCGCCACUCAGAAGCAGACGGGAAGCAAUUACAAAACUUCAGGGAAAGGGGACGGAGUGGAUUAUGUCCGAACAGAAGAUGAGGGGGAUUUCCGACACAAAUCCUCGUUCGUCAUCUGAGUCGGGGCGAGGCAGCGAGAAAGACACACAAACACAUUGGACAAAUGAGCGCAAUACCUCGCGGACACAGCAACCCCCUCCCAAUACACACACACACACACACACACACACACACGCACACAGACUGAAGAAAGACUCUUAGCUGCCACAGCUCGUGCCUUGCUUCACGGCACGUCUGCAACCACACAAUUUUACAUUUUUGCCAAAGGUGAUAAUUUCUUACAGUUAAUUUUUUUUCCACUGUUUCCAGCUAGAAACAUUAUUCUCUGUUACUCUCUACUAGUUAUUAGUUUCUCUGGCAGAUUUUAUAUUAUUAGUCAGGGAAUUAAUUGAAUAGUAUUAUUUUUAUUUUAGUUUUUUGGGCUCCUACUUUUUGACACCUUUUAUCACUGAAAAAAAAAAGAAUCUGCUUAUUUCUAACUUAGUAACUCCGCAGCUAAGAACUUUCUGAACUUUCUGAAGCUUCAUUCAGUUCACACUUCAGAGAAAAACGUUUCUAUUGUGAGCAAACAUCUUGAUUUCAAUGGUGUGUUGUUUAUAUAUAACUUUUGUUAUAUAUAAUAUAUUUUUGAUGGAAUAUAUUUUGAAAUGCCUAUAGAAAAAAAAAGGGUUUACUUUUUUAAAUAUUUGUAAUCACUAACAUGGAAGCCAGUAUUUUAUUUUAUUUUUUUUUUUAGACCAAUCUGGUGUUCAAAAAGAAUGGAACCACUUUAAUCAUCUUAACCACUUUAUAGCCGACCAUUCUUAUAAAUUUGUAUAAAUAUAGUAGGACACUUGACCUUUCAACAUGUAGUUCUGCUAUUUUGAUUUUCAGUAGCAUAUCCAGUUAUAUUAGUUUUCAGAGGUCUUACAUUAUUACUUACUUUACUGCUGGUGGGAUCGAAAUAGUGUUAGUGUUAAGGUUCCAUGUUAACGUUUGUAGAUAGUGUUAAACAAUAUUAGGAUCUUUCUUUUUAAAAUAAAAUAAAAAAAUAACCCAACAGAGAGCUGGUCAACACUGUAAACAGCCUGUGCUGUGUAUCCUUGAUUUUAAGUGUCCUUUCUCUGCCUGUUGUUCGACUGUUGUACAUAGUGAAUAUACUGUCCAGGUUUCUUUUCUUUUUUCUUUCUUUCUUUUUCUUAUUCUUUUCUUUUUUUCAAUUUGAGGAAUAUUCUCAGUAUUACUUUUUUUAUUUUUUAUUUUGAUUAAACAGGGUUUUUAUGUUGGCUAACAGAAAGCUGUGCUGGUUGUACAUAUAUAUUAUUUCCCAUCCUGGCAAUAAACAGAAGUGGUCAGUUAGGUUAAAAUGUGAAGCAUCCAGACGCAGGCAAAUAUGACACUCUUUCCAUGGUUCAGAGAGGAAGAUCUGUACAGGCCUGUCUAUACCAAGUUGGAUUUAUUUCUUUUUUUUUUUCUUGUUUUUUUUUUUGUUUGUUUGUUUAGUCUGACCUUCACAGCAUGAAGGUCUGGGACAUUUUUAUUUUGCCUUUUGUGCUCUGUAAACAAAUUUACAAGACCCUUUCUUUACUUUCCUUAGAAAAGCUUUUAUAUUUUAUAUAUGUAAGCAUUUAUAUUCUGCUCUGAACAACGGGAGCUGUUCUGAUGCCAUCUUAAUGCUGAUAUUAGCUAUCACUUUUAGCACUGUGUUUAAACAAUCCGUGCCCGAGCACGCUUACGUCACUCAGUGCAUCACUUUCCGGCUUUCCGGUGUUGUGCCAAGUUCAGCACCCCCACCAUGAAAAGCGCCCUCUCUCAGGAGCGUGUCUUUUUGUUAAAAGUGGAGAUGAUCCACUUUAACUUACUUAGAAAUGCUAGUCGAAAGUAAUAGUUAGUUCAGUCACAGUUACAUACAUAGUGACAUAGCACGCGCUCCCAAGAGGGGGUGCUUUUCCUGGCUGGGGUGCUGAAUUCAGCACAACACCACCAUGUUUGUUACAGGAUCUUGUACCAUGCAAGUGAACAAUAAAGUGAACCGUGCCCGAGCUGACUCUUCAGAUUUUCCUAGUGGGAAAUCAGGGAGCAUAUAGGAGCAUUCCAAUUCAAAUUUAUCAUCUAGGAACGAGAAAAUUCCCACAUCCGAGCUCAGGUGUAUCAAAUGUACAGGAGCAAAACAACUAUAAAAUGCUUCAUCUGAAAAAUAUAAGAAGAUUCGCAGUCAGUUUCAGACUCGUUUUAUUUUCGUUUGAUUUUUUUUUUUUUUUUUUUUUUUUUUAACUCAUUUGAUUUCAUAAAUGUACGAGUUUUUAUUUUUUAAUCAAUAAAAA